GUCCGUUUAAAGACGGCCUCUGGUUAUUUUGUGUAUGUUAAUAUCGGUUUUUGGUUACGGUUUUAUUAAGCUAUCGGCCAGUUCCUAGCUCAGCAAUUAAGCACUAACCUGAGUCAGCACUUGUACGAAUACAAGUUAGCUGCAAAGUUGUUACAAGUUAUUUGCUUAAUAUUAUAAAAAGUACAAUUGUAAUAAAAGAAUGAGUUCUAUUGGAACUGGGUAUGAUUUGUCAGCGCAUCAGUUUUCUCCUGAUGGUAGGGUGUUUCAGGUGGAAUAUGCAAACAAAGCCGUGCAAAACAGCAGUACAGCUGUUGCGUUGCGAUGCAAAGAUGGUGUUGUGUUUGGUGUAGAAAAAUUGAUAACAUCAAAAUUAUAUGAACCUGGUACUGGAAGAAGAAUAUUUUCAAUUGAUCGUCAUAUUGGAAUGGCUGUCUCUGGGUUAAUGUCUGAUGCCAGACAGAUUGUUGGUAUUGCACGCAAUGAAGCAGCAUAUUAUCGCUCAAUUUAUGGCUCUCCAAUACCAUUAAAGAUUUUAUCCGAUAAAGUUGCAGGAUACAUUCAUGUUUAUACUUUAUAUAGUGCUUAUCGUCCAUUUGGAUGCAGUGUAUUCCUAAGUUCAUAUGAUAAAGUAGAUGGACCAGAGUUAUAUAUGAUCGAACCCUCCGGUACAUCUUAUGGUUACAGCGGAUGUUCUGUUGGAAAAGCGAAGCAAAAUGCUAAGACAGAAAUAGAAAAACUCAAACUUGAAAAUUUAACAAUGAAAGAAGGUAUAAAAGAAGUAGCUAAAAUCAUUCACAUUGUUCAUGAUGAAGUCAAAGAUAAGCAUUUUGAACUUGAACUCAGUUGGGUAGGAGAAGGUACAAAUGGCAUUCAUCAAAUGGUUCCAAAAGAAUUAGCUAAUGAUGCCGAGGAACAUGCUAAGAAAGCGAUCGAAGAAGAUUCUGACUCUGACGAUGAUUUAUAAUAAGUUCUUAUAUAAAUUAUAAUAAAGCAGUUUA